UUGACCCAAUGACUCUAAAAAGGUUUGCUAGCUGAGUCAACACACAGUUGUACACCAUAAACGCCUUUCUGCUUAAUUACUAAUCCAGAUCUGCAUUUGCUCCUUCGCACACAGCACACUGCAGUGACCCACACAGCCACUGUCGCCAGGAGAUGAUGAAAAAUCAGACAUGGGUGGCAGAAUUCAUUCUCCUGGGAUUUCCGCUCAGCCCAAGGAUGCAGCUGCUCCUGUUUGGGUUCUUCUCCCUGUUGUUCACCUUCACCCUGCUGGGCAACGGGGUCAUCCUGGGACUCAUCUGCCUGGACUCCCGCCUGCACACCCCCAUGUACUUCUUCCUCUCCCACCUGGCCAUUGUUGAUAUUUCGUAUGCCUCAAACAAUGUCCCAAAGAUGCUGGAAAACUUUCUGAAUGAGAAAAAAACGAUCUCCUUUGUCCCCUGCAUAAUACAGACCUUUUUAUACAUGGCUUUUGCUCACACUGAAUGCCUCAUCUUGGUAAUGAUGUCCUAUGAUCGGUACGUGGCCAUCUGCCACCCCCUCCAUUACUCUGUCAUCAUGAGCUGGAGAGUGUGCACGGUCCUGGCUGCCACUUCCUGGGCAUGUGGCUCCCUCCUGGCUCUGGUCCAUGUGGUUCUCAUCCUGAGGCUGCCCUUCUGUGGGCCCCAUGAAAUCAACCACUUCUUCUGUGAGAUCCUGUCUGUCCUCAGGCUGGCCUGUGCUGACACUGGCCUCAACCUGCUUGUCAUCUUUGCUGCCUGUGUGUUUAUCUUAGUGGGGCCCCUGUGCUUGGUGCUGGUCUCCUACACGCGCAUCCUCUUUGCUGUGCUGAGGAUCCAGACUGGGGAGGGCCGCAGGAAGGCCUUUUCCACCUGCUCCUCCCACCUCGGCGUGGUCGGGCUCUUCUUCGGCAGUGCCAUCGUCAUGUACAUGGCCCCCAAGUCCAGCCAUCCUGAGGAGGAGCAGAAGGUCCUUUUCCUGUUUUAUAGCCUUUUCAACCCCUUGCUGAACCCGCUGAUCUACAGCCUGCGGAACGCAGAGGUCAAGGGUGCCCUGCGGAGAGUGAAGUGGACACAGAAAUCCGUGUGAGGGACGCCAGGGAGAGUCUUGAAGGUGGAAGAUUUGUUCUCUGUGAGAUUUGGGGGAAUGGUAAUAUAACUACUCCGACACCUCAUGUCUUAGAUUUCUGAUACCAAGAAUGUGUAUUAAUCAGAUUCUGUCCUGAAGAUGGGGCACUGUCCAGAAUGCGGAGCAUAGGCGGAAAGUCACAGAGAGCACAGGCCCUGAGACAAGAGUCAUACAGUGGGAAGCAGAGGGGCAGACAGCCACAGAUUCCUGCAGCCAGCUCCCAGCACUACCCAGCAUCCGGUUUCUGUUCUGUGAAGAAUCUUUCUCUCUAACCUCCUCUUAAAUUCCUCUGUAAUAUUCAUUGCCCGUAUUGCUGUGUGUAUAUGCUAACAGUCCCACAAUAUAUGCUGCUACAAGAGGGC